GCCGACGACAGCUACUGUCACAACUGUAUGGAGUUAUCAGUGUCGCCUGUGAAAGUUGCUGGGAAGCACCUUUGAAGUACCUUGAUCCUGCAAUUAGUUAUGGCGGAAGUUAUAGUAAGAAAGGCUAAACGAGAAGAUUGUAAAGCUAUUAGAGACUUAAUAUUGGAAUUGGCGGAAUACGAAAAGAUGCCUGAUCAGAUGGAAAUCGACUACAAAACCUUAGAAAGAGACGGUUUCGAUGGGCAACCAUUAUUUUUCUGUAAUGUGGCAACCAUUGAUGAAAAAAUCAUCGGUUAUACGCUGUUUUAUUACAUUUAUUCCCCAUGGGUUGGGAAAGCUAUGUGUCUGGAGGAUAUAUAUGUAACACCUGAAUUUCGUGGAAAACACAUUGGUGAUAAACUCUUGAAGUCUGUUGUAAAGGAGGCUGUUGAGAACGAUUGUCACCAGUUAGAUUUCAUUGUGCUUAACUGGAACCCAGCUCAAGAAUUUUACAAAAGAAGAGGAGCCUGUGAUUUGACUGAAAAAGAAAAAUGGCAUCGUUAUCGUUUCUCCAUUGAUGAUUUAAGGAAAUUGGCAUCUGAUGCAUAGUCAAAAUAUAUUAUUGUUAUGUUGUUAAAUACAUUAUUUUAGUUUUAGAAAUUAA